AAAGAAAGUGCAUGCCAAUCAUGUGGAGAAAGUGGAAAUCUCUUAGACUGUAGAAGUUGCACCUAUUCUUUUCAUCAGAAGUGUGUAAUUCAUCCCGGGAAAGCUUCUGCUAAUGAUAGCUGGAGCUGCCCUGAAUGUGUCAACCCUCUCAAUGAUCUUGAUAAGAUUUUAGAUUGUGAAACUCGUGCAACUGUAGAGGAUGAAAAAGAUCUUUCAGGGCCUGGGGCAAAAAAAAAAGGCGUAAAACAUUAUCUGGUUAAGUGGAAGAGCUUGUCUUAUCUUCAUUGUACUUGGGUGAGUGAGGAAGAAUUUAAAAAAGCUUGCAAAGUCAAUUCCAGAUUGAAGGGUAGAUUAAACACGUUCCAGAAACAGUUGGAUUCUAUGGGUGGCACUGAUGAUGACUGGAUUGCCAUACGCCCUGAAUGGACAACUGUUGACAGAAUCAUUGGAAGCAGAAAAGUGGGUGAUGACCGCGAAUACUUUGUGAAAUGGAAAGAGCUUCCCUAUGAUGAAUGCACCUGGGAAGUUGAAUCAGAUAUUUCUACCUUCAGACCACAAAUUGAAAGAUUUAAAAUGAUCCAAUCAAGAGGUGCUAAGAUGAUCCGAACCAAGAACAAAAAUUUCAGUAGUGAUUCAAAAGAUCAUAAACCUAAGUUGAAAGAGUUUCAGCAGUUUGAGGAAAGCCCAGAAUUUCUUUCUGGUGGGACACUGCAUCCGUAUCAGCUUGAAGGCUUAAAUUUCUUGCGCUAUUCGUGGAGAAAAGGCACUCAUGUUAUACUUGCUGAUGAGAUGGGUCUUGGGAAAACUAUUCAGAGUAUUGCUUUUCUUGCUUCCCUUUUUGUAGACAAUCUAUCUCCUCAUUUAGUGAUAGCACCACUUUCAACACUGCGGAAUUGGGAGCGUGAGUUUUUAACAUGGGCGCCACAAAUGAAUGUUGUCAUGUAUUUUGGAGCAGCCCAAGCUCGCGCUAUCAUAAGACAGUAUGAAUUUUUCUAUCCAAAAAUGAAAACAAAAAGACACAAGAAGAAGAAGGCUUUUCAAAAUUCCAGUCGAAAGAACCACACAAAAAGAAUAAAGUUUGAUGUUCUUUUAACAUCAUAUGAAAUGGUAAACAUGGAUUCAACAUUUCUAAAAUCCAUCAACUGGGAGUGCAUGAUUGUAGAUGAAGGGCACCGCCUUAAGAAUAAAGAGUCCAAAUUAUUUCUUCAACUAAAACUUUUUUCUGCAAAGCAUCGCGUGCUUCUAACUGGGACACCUCUCCAGAAUAACUUGGAUGAACUCUUCAUGCUGAUGCACUUUCUUGAUGAUGGAAAGUUUCCAAGUAUUGAGGAUUUUCAAAAAGAAUUCAAAGAUAUCAAUCAAGAGGAGCAAAUUGCUAGGCUUCACAAAAUGCUUGCCCCACACCUCCUUCGAAGAGUAAAAAAGGAUGUUAUGAAGGACCUGCCGCCGAAGAAAGAACUCAUUUUACGUGUGGAUUUAAGUAGCAAACAAAAGGAAUAUUACAAAGCCAUCCUUACUCGAAAUUACCAAAUACUGGCUCGCCGUGGUGGUGCUCAGAUAUCCCUUAUUAAUGUUGUGAUGGAACUCCGUAAGCUUUGUUGUCAUGUAUAUAUGCUAGAGGGUGUGGAGCCUGAAACAGAACCGUCAAGUGCUUAUGAAGGUUUGAGACAACUUCUGGAUCCAUCUGGGAAAAUGCAAUUGCUAGAUAAGAUGAUGGUGAAGUUAAAAGAGCAGGGUCACAGGGUUCUCAUAUAUUCCCAGUUUCAGCAUAUGCUAGAUUUGUUAGAGGACUACUUGAGUUAUAAGAAAUGGAGUUAUGAGCGGAUUGAUGGAAAGGUCAGUGGAGCAGAAAGACAGAUACGAAUUGACCGAUUCAAUGCCCAAAAUUCAAAUAGGUUUUGUUUUCUGCUUUCUACCAGAGCUGGCGGAUUGGGUAUCAAUCUUGCAACGGCUGAUACUGUUAUCAUUUAUGACAGCGACUGGAAUCCUCAUGCUGAUUUACAAGCAAUGGCUAGGGCACAUAGAUUGGGGCAGACGAAUAAGGUGAUGAUAUACCGACUUGUCACUCGGGGAACCAUAGAAGAACGAAUGAUGCAGUUGACAAAGAAAAAGAUGAUUUUAGAGCAUCUUGUUGUUGGUAGACUUAAGGCACAAACUGUUAAUCAGGAAGAGUUAGAUGACAUCAUAAGAUAUGGUUCGAAGGACCUUUUUGCUGAUGAUAGUGAUGAAGUUGGAAAAGCUCGCCAAAUUCAUUAUGAUGAUGCUGCAAUUGACAGGUUACUUAAUCGUGAUGAAAUCAGCACUGAAGAGCCUUCAAAUGAUGAUGAAGAUGAUGACUUACUGAAAGCCUUCAAGGUUGCAAAUUUUGAAUUCAUAGAUGAAGUUGAAGCAGCUGCUGCGAGAGAGCAGGAAGCUUUAAGAAGGUCUAUGGCUGAAAAUGAUUCUACAUCCAAUCCUGAUAGGUCCAAUUACUGGGAAGAAUUACUCAGGGACAAGUAUGAAGUAAUGCAUAUUGAAGAGUCUACAGCGAUGGGCAAGGGAAAACGAAAUCGCAGACAGAUGCUUACUGCUGAAGAGGAUGGUACUGUUGUAUCAAGCUCUGAGGAUGAAGAUUAUUCUUAUGAUGAUGACAUUUCUGACACUGACACGGGAUUACCCGGACAAGCAUUUGGGCGAAGAGGCCAGCUUUCAAAGAAAAAACCUAGAGUUUAUUUAACCCAUCCUCAUCCUCUAAUGGAAGGAGAAGGAAGGUCCCUGAGAGUUCGUGGGUUUAAUCAAAACCAGAGGGCUGCAUUUUUGCAAUUACUUAUGAGGUUUGGUUUUGGGAAAUAUGAUUGGAAGGAGUUUGUGCCUCGACUGAAGGGAAAAAGCUUGCAAGAAGUUCAUGAUUAUGGUCGCCUGCUAAUGGAGCACCUUACUGAGGAGAUAAAUGAUUUACCAAAAUUUUCAGAUGGCAUUCCGAAAGAAGGUGUACGGGUAGAUGACAUUCUGGUUAGAGUUGGAAUCAUUCAAUCCAUAGAAGAGAAGCUGGAGAAUCUCUUAGAAAGUCCAAGGACUCUACUUUUUUCUGAAGACAUUCAAUAUUGGCUUCCUGGUUUGAAAGGGAGAUUAUGGAAGGAAGAACAUGAUAUAUUGCUAUUGAAAGCUAUGCUAAAACAUGGCUAUGCUAGAUGGCAAUCGAUAGUUGAGGAUAAGGAUGUGGGAAUUGCGGAGAUUGUUCGCCAAGAGUUGAGCCUUCCUGUGAUCAAAGUACCUUCCCUUAUUGGUGGAGACCAGACAACUAACAAUGGAUUUUCAGAAUCUCCUGCAGCAAACCAAUCAAAUCCUGAUUAUUCUACGCUUUAUCAAUUUAGGGAAAUACAGAGAAGGAUUGUGGACUUCGUGAAAAAAAGAUACCAUCUUUUGGAGAAAGCUAUUAAUUUGGAGCUACUGAAAGAAAAAUAUUGCGGAGCGAAACUUUCUGAUCCAAGUCCAGAUUCAGCUGGCCCUAUGGUGACUGAACUUCUCAUUCCAGAACCAACGGACCCUUUCUCAUUAUUCAAAGAAUUGCCGAUUUUGGAACCCAUUGCUUUACAGGAACCUGCUUGUGCUGAUAUAAGUGGUCGCGACCAGAUUAUUCAAUUCUAUAAUGCUAUCUGCAGAUUAGUUGAAGCCAACACCCCUGAUGCUCUCCAGUCGUAUUUUGGCAACGGUUCUGCCUCUUCCAGGUUAAACAAGAAUCUCUUACAGCUGCAAGCAAUAUGUGCAGAUGUGGUUCGAGUUCUUGCAGUAACUAAUCGAAGCUCUGCCGUCGAAGGAUCAAGUGGUACUCCAGUGCAGGGAGAUGUUGAUAAGAAAGGAUUUUCGCCGAGCAUUGCUGGAAGUGAACCCAAACACUCCGCACCAGUGGAGAAAGAAAACAAUCAUUCCAAGGUAGAAGCAGAAAGCAAUCGCUCCAUGGCACAGGCAUAGUCUUUCAUUGUAGUAACUCUUAACAUGAAUUGAGUGGCAGCUCCCAAAAUUCAGUCCUAACACUAAGGAUGUAAAGAAGGCCGAUAAUUAUAUAACUAAAAGAAACGGAGCAGUAAGUUAAUUUAUAACUUUCCAUGCAUUUUUGC